CUCUCCAGCCUGACCCGCCAGCUCUGUCUCAGCUCAGAGACCAUGAUUCCUUCCCUGCCCCUCUUGGCUGUUGGCCUCCUGUUAACCGUGGCUUUGGCCCAGACGGUCCAAUUUCAGGAAUAUGUCUUUCUCCAGUUUCUGGGCUUAGACAAAGUGCCUUCGCCCCAGAGGUUCCAACCUGUGCCUUACAUCUUGAAGAAAAUUUUCCAGGAUCGAGAGGCAGCAGCAACAAGUGUGGACUCCCGAGAUUUCUGCUACGUAAAGGAUUUUGGUAUCCGCGGGAACGUCCUCCGACUUCUCCCGGAUCAAGGUCUCUUUCUUCACUCCAGGAAACUUUCCCAGGCCUCCUCUUGCCUCCAGAAGUUCCUCUACUUUAACCUGUCUGCCAUUAAAGAGAAGGAACAGUUAACAAUGGCCCAACUGGGCCUGGAUUUGGGGCCCAACACUUACUAUAAGCUGGGACCAGAACUGGAGUUGGCUCUGUUCCUGGUUCAGGAGCCUCAGGUGGGGGACCAGCCUAUCCCUAAACCGGGUAGAAUGCUUGUGUUACAGUCAGUACCACGGCCUCAAGGCGUCGUUCACUUCAACCUGCUGGAUGUGGCUAAGGAUUGGAAUAACGACCCCCAGAAGAACUUGGGUUUGUUGCUAGAGAUACUGGUCAAAGGAAACAGAGACAUUGGGGUGACUUUUCAGCUUCAGGACGCCUGUGCCAGACUGAGACAGUCCCUUCGUGCCUCCCUGCUGGUGGUGACUCUCCACCCUGAGCAGUGUCACUCUUCUUCCAGAAAAAGGAGGGAAGCCAUCCCCGCCCCGAAGGCUCCUUGCAAGAACCUCUGCCAUCGUCAUCGGCUAUUCAUCAACUUCCGGGACUUAGGUUGGCACAAGUGGAUUAUCGCUCCCAAAGGGUUCAUGGCGAACUAUUGCCACGGAGAUUGUCCUUUCUCUCUGACCACCUCCCUCAACAGUUCUAAUUAUGCUUUCAUGCAAGCCCUGAUGCAUGCAGUUGACCCAGAGAUCCCCCAGGCGGUCUGUAUCCCCACCAAGCUGUCCCCCAUUUCCAUGCUGUAUCAGGACAAUGAUGACAAUGUCAUUUUACGACACUAUGAAGAGAUGGUGGUUGAUGAAUGUGGCUGUGGGUAG